UUCAUCAUGAACACUCCUUCCAAUAUGGGACAACAACAACCAAUACUUAGCAAGUCAGUGACCACAACGGUUAUGCACGCUUCGCUAGGAUCGCUUAGCCAAGGCAGUAGCUUUGCAAGCAGCGGUGGAAGUUGUUGUUCCUCGACGCGUACAAUCUUGCCAGCAGCUUUAGACGAAAAAAGAGAUUCAGGAGGAACAGAGGAGCUCUCUGAUUCAGUGGCGCCCUUAAAAAGUGCUCGUCCAACAAUAUCUUGUCGUGGGCAGUUAUCCAGUAGAAAUCCUUUAUUGGCUAUCGAUUCACCUCCAAAUAAUGUUAAUCAGAAUGGCUUCUACAGAACAACAACAAUUUCUGUUGUUAAUGGCGCUGGAUUGUUAAGCUUAGGACCUGAACAGAAAAGUCGUUCCUUGAGUAAUUUGGAAAUUCAGCAACAAAAACAAAGGGCAGCUGACAACAAACGUAGUACUUCUCCUUCUGUUCCAACUCGAUCUUCGCAUUGUACAUCUUCUGUAAUGCCAAAAUUGCAACGGCAGCAUUGGAAAUAUGGCUCCCUCCGCCAUCUUCCAUCGGGUGACAACAAUUCUAUUUUUCGCCAAGCCAGUACAACAAAAGAAGUUUAUUAUCCAACUGGAAGCAAACUGCCAAAUGGUUUAAGGCUGGAGUUGGGAGGGAGUGGAGAAGGAAAGUUAACAACGUCUGAUUCUGGCGCUAAUCACAUGGUUAAUGAACGAAUUUUAGCAACAGAAAGAAGCUAUGGGCGUUCAGAAGAAAGUAAUGAUGGAAGCGUUCAAGAAGAAGAUGAAGAUUUACUAAAAGAAAGUGAGGUCAACAUAGAUAGUCAUAGAAGACUUUUCCCACGUCAGCAAGAGAUUAUAGCCAUAGAAUCAACGGUUAGUUUUAAUGAUAAUUUAACGAAAAGUCAAAAACAAUUGUGGGAGUGGGUAAGGGUUUGGCUGCUAUUCUGCAAACAAUUUCGUAAUUUUAACUUCCUUUCUUUUACUUCUACUCAUCCUCCCACGCACAAUCGAACAAAAGUAUUGUAA